AUGGAAAUGUGUAAGUGCUUCGAGGAAGACUUGAAUAUGGAAAUUAAGUUGUUGAUCGGGAUCCUUGAGAUAGGAGAAUUUACAGCACUGGCUGAUUGGGCUAAGAAGGCUGAAGAGCUAAACAAUGAAAGAAAGAAAGCAAAGAGAGAGGCUCAAAUUUCGAAUAAGAGAUCUAGUGGCAGAACACACUCUUUUCCCACAAAGAAAUCGAAGAGUCAACAAGAGCGCUCCACUGCAUCGGUGGGAUAUUCGGGCAGAACAAGAAGCUCUAAGCUUCACAACCCGAAGUCUUCCUCCCUCAAGGUAACUAGUGUGGGAAGUGCGGAUGAUCAAAAGUCGAGGUGUGAAAGCUUUGAUAAAGAGGUGGAUCUAGCCCCAAAGUCUAAUGCUCCUAAUUCCCGAGGUAGACCACCCCGACAUUUUGGAAGUGAAAAUGGCAGUCGAAAUGUUGCCAAUGACACAAUAGCAAAACUAGAGACUCGGGCCCCGGUGAGAACUUACACGAUACGCGCUAAAGAGGAAACUUCUGCUCCUGCUGUCGUUACGGGUACAUUCUCUCUUCAUGAUGUAUAUGUUAUUGCCUUGAUUGACCCAGGAUCGACCCAUUCGUAUAUUUGCAUGAAAUUGGCAUCUAGUAUGAAUAUGUCAAUAGAACCUACGGAGUUUGUGAUUAAGGUGUCAAACCCUCUAGGCAAGUCUGUCUUAGUAGAUAAGGUUUGUAAGAAUUAUCCUUUAACGAUCCAAGGUCAUUGUUUUCCAGCUGAUCUUAUGCUUUUGCCCUUCAAUGAAUUUGACGUAAUAGUUGGCAUGAAUUGGUUGACCCUCCACGAUGUGAUAGUAAAUUGUGGUAAUAAGUAUAUUGAAUUGAAAUGUUCAAAUGGUCAAGAUCUCCGAGUCGAUUCAAGCAAGUUGAAUACCGGAUGUGAUUUCUUCAAUGAAGUUGGAAUCAGUACCGAUAAUCCGGAUGUGUCUCCAGAAGAAUUGCCCGGAUUACCUCCUGUCAGAGAGGCAAACGUAGUCGCCGAUGCCUUGAGUGGGAAGUCCUUGUUUGCAUUAAGGGCUAUGAAUACGCAUUUGGCGUUAUCUAAUGAUGGUUCAGUUUUGGCUGAGUUAAGAGCCAGACCGACAUUUCUCCAAGAAGUUUGCACAGCUUAG